UGAACAAGUCGCUCACCUCGCCGAUCCAACCGCAAAACCUCAGAAAAAAACACCAGGAAAAAUCCCCGCUGCAAGCUCGACAACCAUGGCCAAGCCCGCAGUCAACUACGGCGUCUACCUCGUCACCGACUCGACGCCCGCGAUCCUCGGCGACGGCGACAUUUGUGACGUCGUCGAGAGAGCGCUGCGGGGCGGCGUCACGGUGGUGCAGUACCGCGACAAGCACAGCGAACGCAGCGUCGCCGUUGAGACUGCGCGGAAACUGCACGUUAUCGCUCAGAGGUUUGGUGUUCCGCUGCUCAUCAAUGAUCGCGUGGAUGUCGCUGUGGAGGUGGGCUGCGAGGGUGUGCACAUUGGGCAGGACGACAUGGCCUACACUGAGGCAAGGAAGCUUCUAGGCCCUGCAAAGAUCAUCGGCGUCACGGCCAGCUCCAAGGAGGAGGCUCUCCGUGCCUGUGAGGCCGGAGCCGACUAUCUCGGCCUGGGCACCGUCUACGCAACUCAGACCAAGAAAGACACCAAAUCCAUCAUUGGCCCCUCGGGCGUCCGCGACAUCCUCGCCGCCCUCGCCGCCGCCGGCCACGGCGCCGUGCCGACCGUGUGCAUCGGCGGCGUCAACGCCUCCAACGCCGGCCCCGUUAUCGCCGGAUGCCGGGCCGCCGCGAAGGCCCUCGAUGGCAUCGCCGUCGUCAGCGCAAUCGUCGCCGCUCCGGACCCGGCUGCCGCGGCCCGCGACCUGCUCGCCAAGGUCACCGUCGCCAUGAUCCCGCAGGUUGUGCGUGCCGUGGCCGAGACAACGCCCCUGACGCACAACAUGACCAACUUGGUUGUCCAGAACUUCGCCGCCAACGUGGCCCUCGCCGUUGGUGCCAGUCCCAUCAUGGCCAACUACGCCGAGGAAGCCGCCGACCUGGCCAAGCUUGGGGGAGCCCUUGUCGUCAACAUGGGCACUGUCACUCCGGAUGGCCUCAAGAACUACGUCCAGGCUCUCAAGGCUUACAACGACGCAGAGAGACCUGUUGUAUUUGAUCCCGUAGGAGCCGGUGCAACCUCUGUUCGCCGCAACGCCGUCAAAGCCCUCCUCGAAGCCGGCCACUUCACCGUCAUCAAGGGCAACGAAGGCGAGAUCCAAACCGUCGCGGGCGCCUCGAUCCUCCAGCGCGGCGUCGACUCGACCUCCUCUCUCACCCUCGCCGAGAAGGCCAGCCUCGUCUCCUCGCUUGCCCGCCGCCUCGGCAACGUCGUCAUUCUCACCGGCGUCACCGACCUCCUGAGCAACGGCCGCCGCACCCUCCGGAUCGACAACGGACACCCGCUGCUCGCCGCUGUCACGGGCACCGGAUGUACGCUCGGCACCACCGUCAGCGCCAUGGUGGCCGCCCAUACAGCCGAUCCGCUGCUCGCCGCUGCCGCUGGUACCGUCAUCUUUGGACUCGCGGCCGAGCUGGCAGCCGCGAGGAAUGAGGUUCGUGGGCCUGGCACAUUUGUCCCCGCUUUCUUGGAUGAGCUGUACACCAUCCGAAAGGCCACCGGGGAGGGUGACUUUAGGUGGUUGACCAUGGCCAAGGUGCAGGCUGUUGAAGUGGACGAGGCGUAAUAAUCGUAGACUGGUCAGCACUCAACACCAAAAGCAAAAACGGUAGAGAUAAGCCCGACUAAAUGUCUAGG